GAGAAACCAAACCAAUUUGUAAUCAAAAAUGAAGUUCUAUACAGGGAAGUUUUAGACCACAAGUCUCCAGCUGUUUCUUACACCCAAAGUGUGGUACCUCAGAAACAUGAUGAGCACCCAGAUGGAGCCAGUGAUGAGAAUGUAGAGAUAGUGGUUCCUGCAGAACAAGUGAUAAAUUCUGAGGAGAAAAAAGAGCUGAAAGAAUCGUUGACUUUCAAAGAUAUAUUAACUUCAGCUGCAAGUAAGGAAAUUAACUCUGCCGAGUUCAUUGACAAAGACAAUAAAAUACAAUCAGAAGAGAAAGCUGAAGAAAAGCUAAACCUUAAGGAACCUAUUUUUUUGGCAGUAGACAUGGUUGAGAGUACAAAAUAUCAAAAAGUCUUCUGUGAAGAAAAAAUCCACACAUCUGAAAGACUAGUUGAAGUGAAGAUAACUUCUAAACAUGAUUCAUUCACUAUGGAGGUUCCAGAUGAUCGCACAAAAGAAGUUUUGAAAAUUGGAACUGUGAUUAAAGUUAAGAAUCUAAAUGAAACUUAUCAAAAGGAAGAGAGACAUUUUGCUGAGAAUGAAACAUUGGAUCAGCUUCUUCUUACUAAACCUGAACACUUCGAAAUGCCUACAGAUGAAAAGAAAGUAAGCAGAGAGAGAAGAUCUCAUCAUAUAUCGGAGGAAGAAGAGGAUAAAAACCAAGCUGAUGGACUGUUAAGAAAAGUGAUAUACACUGAGUAUGUUAGUCUUGAUAAAAAGACAAAUCUCCAUUUCCAAGGUUUGAAGGUUCAUCCAGACAGCAGUGAUGAGACUACAAUAGAGAAAGACAAUGUUCUUGGUUGUUCUUCCAACGAUGGCAGAUUCUCUUCAAUACCAAGAAAAGAUGUUCAAGGAACUAUAAAUUCUUCAAUAAGACCUGAUGCUAUGUUAAAACAAGACUUUAUUCAAGCCUUAAAACUCAAUGAAAGCAGAACUGUUCCUGACAAUUGGAAGAUCAGAUUGAAAGAGGAAGCUCCAGCAACAAAGAAAAGAGAAAACUUCCUACAACAGCGUGGUAACUUCGUGGAGGACCAAGAGAUUCUUGAUUGUAAACAACCUGUGAUGGACUAUAGAGACUUGAAUCUCUUCAAAUUGUUCAGACUUCCUCAUGAUUUUGAAGGACUUAAUGAUAUUAUAGGACUGAUAUAUAUACAAAUAUUGAGAAUGUAUGUCAGUAGAGUCACAGGGAAAUUAGCCAAGUAUAUUGCGAGGGAGAUGGGUGGAAUGUUGGAGAUGUGA